GCACGCCUUAGGCAGAAGGGGGAGGGGAAGGGGCCAGGGCUUGCAUUGCCUGAAAUGAGAAAUUUACCAAUCAGGCCAGAUAGGGGUGCAUUAAAACAAACCCAAUUAAAAGAGAGAUACCGAAAAAAGAAAAAGAAACCAGGAUCGGCCAGGUUCCUGGGCAGCAAGGUGGGCCAGCUGCCCGGGGACGCUCGCGCUGCCAUGGAGCUCCCCAGCGGAGCGGCUGCCUUGGGUUUGCGCAGACACCUGGAUGAAGCAGAAUUGGCCAAGGACUAGUGGGACCCAGCCCUACCACUGCAGCAGAGCCAGAGGAAGGAAGGAAGUUGCAGUCCAGCCUGGGGAGUGCCCGUCGAGCUAAGGGGCGUGCAAUGUACAGGACUGCGCUGGCUGCCUGCUGAGCCAGAGGGGCAUUGGCCCUGAGGUGUCUUGUUUGCAGAGACUAACAGCCCGGGUGCUUGCAACCAGCUGGUUGCUCCGAGGGUCCUGUCCCCAGGGAAACGUACUGGUGUCAUCGGGGUGUCGGCCCCUCGAUGCAAAGCAGCCCCUAGUGUACCGCCUUGGUGCCCAUUUCCCCCAGGGCGUUGCAACCUCCCUCCUCCCAGGGUACCAGUCCAGGGCUUUAUUCCCUCUUAGGAACUUGCCGGCCAGCUCCCGUGGGGCACUGCACCCCACAGGGCGUUGUCCUGCAGAUACCCCUCCCCUCCAGGACAUUGCAUCCUCCACUCCAGGGCGUUGCACCCCGGGUGCAUUGCCCGCCAACCCCCCCAAGGAGCUGCCCUCGGCUGGCAGAGCCAUGAAGCUGCAGGCGGUGAUGGAGAACCUGCAGCGGCAGCAGCGGGCCCGGCUGCAGCAGGAGCAGCAGCGCUCCACGCCUCCCCCGCCAGCCCUGCCCCCUCCGCCGCCCUCCGGACAGAACGUUGCCCUCCCUGCUGGGGCCUCGCUGUCGGCCCGUGGCCGCAGCCAGGACCCCGUCCCAUCUGAGGAGGGGGUGGAGCUUGAGAGCGCCCGCAUCCAGCGCGCCCAGAUGGCUGCCCUGGCCGCUAUGCGGGCAGCAGCUGCUGGACUCAGCCACUCACCCAGUCCAGGAAUGUCAGAUGAGAGCCAAGCCUCAGAGGAGGAAGAAGAGGAAGAGCAGGGAGAAGAGGAGGAGGAUGGCGGGUACCAGCCGGAGAUGGGCUCGGAGGAAGAGGAGGAGCUGAAGCGCAAAUGGGAUGAAGAUGACUUUGAAGAGGACAUGGGGGAGGAGGAGGAGGAGGAAGAAGAGGAGGAGGAGGAGGAGGAGGAAGAUUAUGAAGAGGAUGAAGAAAUGGGGGAGGAUGAAGGGCUGGGCUCAGCAGAAGUGGUGAGAUCUGGUCCGGGAUCUCUGCUUCUUCGCAAGCCGCAGGUCCCCCAGCAGUACCGAGGCGAGCCCCAGAGGCUGCCGGGGGGCCAGGAGCGGCUGUCGUCUGGAUUGAGCCAUCAGGGGCACUUGCAGCUACAGCAGCAGGCUCCAGACCACGGAGACUGGACUUACGAGGAGCAGUUCAAGCAAUUGUACGAGCUGGAUGGCGAUCCCAAGAGGAAAGAAUUCCUGGACGACCUCUUCAGCUUUAUGCAGAAGCGAGGGACCCCCGUCAACCGAAUUCCCAUCAUGGCCAAGCAAGUGCUGGACCUUUACAUGCUCUACAUGCUGGUGACCGAGAAGGGGGGCCUGGUGGAAGUGAUCAACAAGAAGCUGUGGCGGGAGAUCACCAAAGGGCUCAACCUGCCCACCUCCAUCACCAGCGCUGCCUUCACGCUACGCACUCAAUACAUGAAGUACCUGUACCCCUACGAGUGCGAGAAGCGGGGGCUCAGCAACCCCAACGAGCUGCAAGCCGCCAUCGACAGCAACCGGCGAGAAGGCCGCCGGCAGGGCUUUGGGGGCUCCCUCUUCACCUACUCCCCCAGCGGCACCCCCAGCCUGCUCUCCUCCCCCAAGCUGCAAGUGCCUGGCUUGGGGCUGGUGGCGGCCACCAACGGCGGCCCCAUCGGCCCUGGGCAAAAGAUAAAGAAAGAAGAGGACUCGCCGAUCCCCAUCCCCAUGCCCAGCCGACUCCCUGUGUCCCUGGCUGGCCACCCGGUGGUUGCGGCCCAGGCAGCGGCCGUGCAGGCGGCCGCGGCCCAGGCAGCGGUGGCUGCUCAGGCCGCAGCCCUGGAGCAGCUGAGAGAGAAGCUGGAGUCCGGGGAGCCACCGGAGAAGAAGAUGGCUCUGGUGACAGAUGAGCAGCAGAGGCUGAUGCAACGGGCCAUCCAGCAGAACCUCCUGGCCAUGACAGCGCAGCUACCCAUGAGCAUCCGCAUUAACAGCCAAGGGACCCGCUCGCCAGAAAACCGUCAGGACCCCGGCAUGAGCCUGUCCAACAACGGCACGAACAGCAUCAGCAUGUCAGUGGAGAUCAACGGCAUCGUCUAUACGGGUGUGCUGUUCGCACAGACCCCCGGCCCCUCGUCCUCCUCGCUCCCUUCCUCCGCCUACAGCAAAGGAAACAGCAGCAGCCGGAGCAGCAGCAGCGGCGUGGGGGGCAGCAGCGGUGUCUCCCAGGCUGCCCCGGCUGGUUUGUCGGCCCCUCCAACCUCUACCUCCAAUAACUCGUCUUCGCCUUAACUCCCCCCCCCACCCCAAACGGCAGCGCCUCAUCUCACCAAAAGACAAAAAAAACCCCAAACCCACCCACACGUGGAGCUUCUGUCACAGCUGGCGCCAAAACCCGAGCUUGCAUCUGGCUUCCCCGGGGGGUGGGGGGAGGAAGCCCCAUUUCCCCCUCCUCCCGAGAGGACUGGAGAAAGUUUUGCAAGGAGAAAAGCUUUAAUCCAGGGAGUUUCAUUAAAAGCAGCCUGGACUCUGAGCCAGUCAUUACCCGGUAGCUUUGGAGGUGAUGCACCGUUCCCCGCCCCCAGAACUCUUUUUACCUCAUGGACACCCCACUUUGCACUGUGCGUUUGUUUUCUAAUGUUGUUGUGUGAAGUUGUGUUCUUUUGGAUACCUCCAGGCAGACACACAGUCGCACCGACGCCCACGGGCUUGUGUUUUUAAUGAAACCUCCCCUCCUUUCCUUUCCUUUCCUUUCAACCGAAAACAAAAUUUGCAAAAGCGGGAGGAAUUUUUAGUCCUUUAAAUCUUUUUUCAUUAUUAUUUUAAGAACUACACUCAAGCUAUAUGGCAUUUUAUGAGGUGGUUAGUUGGAUCUUUUUUUUUUUUUUUUGUAAAUAGCUUCUAUUUUAUUCUCUAAAAAAAAAAAAAUCAAACCUUAACUCACAAAAAUGAGAUAUAUAUUAGUGUUCGUUCAGGGAAACAGGACUUGGAAAACUUUGUAA